AUGGCUGAACGCACUAAGAAUGAAGAUGAGGAAAGCCUGAUCGUUAUUCCUUCGGCAUUCUCAUCUUCUCAACAAGAUCAAGCACAACACCUUGAACAGGUUUCGGAAGAGAAAGAUAAUUGGAAGGAUGGUGUAGAUAUUUCCUCUCCUGAACAUUUAGAUGGAAAUGCUUCGUGGUUUUCGAUAUUGUUUUUUAUAUUUGUUGAUCCAUUAUUAAAAGUUGGAUUUAAAAAGGCGGGAGAUGGUCCAAUGAUGAUUUGGAUUAAAAAGUUGAUUUCCAAAUUGAAAAUUAGAGAUUUUGAAAUUAGAGAAAGUGAGGGAAUGACUCAUGCAGAUAUUCCUAAAUUGGCAAAACAGUGGACCACUGAACAUCAAUUUGAAAUAUUUGAACCAAUAUUUAGAAAGAGUUUCAUUAAUGAAAGACAGAACUAUUCAGAAAAUGGAGGAAUUACAAAGAAUUUUGGAACUUUAUUUUUGAAAGUUAGCGAGAGAACAUUUAGAUGGAGAGGAUGGUAUGGUGUUGGUCUGUGGAAAUUAGCAGAAAUGAUUUUCCAUUACGUUUCACCAUUAAUUUUAUAUUUGUUAUUGGAAUCUAUCAAGUCAACUGGUAUUCAGUCCGAUUCUAAACCCUCAAAAGCAGUCGAAUCCAUAUCUAUGUUUUAUAAUGUGCAGUAUUCAGUUGUUGCUUUUCAAAAUGAAACUCUUCAAAAUGCUGCACUCAUCACAAAUUCAACAUUUAAUAACCAAACCAGUUGGCUAAAUCAGAACCUUCCUUUAAGCAAUGGAUUUUUCCAAUUUGGGAUUGUAAUCUUGCUGUUCUUGUGCAAUAUACUGCCAACAAUUUUCAUCAAUCAGUAUACCUAUGGAGUGGGUAAUCUUUGGUUUGCUUGGAGAGGUUGUAUUCAAGCAGCUGUUUUUCAAAAGAUUAACAGAAUUACUAGCUCAGAAAGAAGCAAAUUCAAAAGUGGUGAAAUUACCAAUUUAUUUACCACAGAUCCAACAAGAAUUGCAACUCUUAUUCUAUAUUUUCAUGAAUGUUGGGUUGUUCCAGUUUCACUUUUGGUCGGUUUGUCCAUGAUUUGCAUAUUCUUUGGAUAUAGUGCCUUCAUUGGAGUGGGAGCAAUGUUAUUAGUGAGUCCUCUUAUUCCAGUACUAGCCAAGAUUCUAACGAAGGUUGAGGGAUGGCUCAGUAAGUUUAGAGAUGAAAGAGUAAAGAAUUUGAACGAAUUACUGAAUGGUAUUAGAAUUAUCAAAUUCUUUGUUUUUGAGGAAAAGAUGAAAGAGAAAGUUAUGGAGAGUAGAAAAAAAGAGUCCAAAGGGCUGUUUGCAUCUGUCCUUACCAUGAGUUCACAAAGAUUUGCAGCAGUUUUAAUGUCAAUAGUUGGAGGAAGCGUAACAUUUAUUUCAUAUGCUUACUUUGGUGGGCAGUUGACAAUUUCAAACAUGUUUACUGGCCUUAUUUUGUUUGAUACUUUCAGAGUACCCCUCACAACCUUUCCACUAGUUCUUUCUGGAUUAGUUUCUUCUUAUGUGAGUGCUAAACGUGUUGGACGAUUUCUUUACAGUGAUGAACAGGUUCAUCUUCCUCACGACCAUUAUAAUAAGGCUCAUUUAUGGAAUGAAGUUUCCAAUCGCUCUUCUUCUGAUCACUCUACUAAUUUGGAAGAUAAUGUUGCAAUUGAGUUUGAAAAUGCGUCCAUAAAGUGGACUGAAGACGGUGAAACUAUAGUUUCAAACUUGAACUUAAUAUUGGAAAAAGGAAAACUCUAUUCAAUCAUUGGAGAUACUGGUUCAGGAAAAUCGACCCUCAUUUCUUCCAUAAUUGGGGAGUCAAUUGUCUCUGAAGGCAGUUUGAAAGUGAAUCCUCAGUUGAGCCUUUCUUUAUGUGAUGAAAAUCCAUGGAUGAUCAAUUCCAGUGUUAGAAACAAUAUCAUUUUCGAUAAGUCCUUAGAAUUUGACAGUGAAAAGUACAACAGGGUUUUGGAAGUUUGUCAAUUGAAAGACGAUUUGGAGCAAUUCUCAAAUUUUGAUGAAACUGAAAUUGGUUUCUCUGGAAUUAAUCUCUCAGUUGGCCAAAGACAUCGUAUCAGUCUUGCAAGAGCUUGUUACUCCAAUUCAGAUAUUAUCAUUAUGGAUUCUACACUUAAUUCAGUUGAUGCAAAGAUUUGUAAGUCGAUUUUCAGAGAUUGUAUUUGUGGCCAUCUGAAAGGUAAAACCAGAGUGUUACUGACCCAUUCACUUCAAUUAUUGGAGAUGGUCGACGAGGUAAUUGUUCUUGAAAAGGGUAAACUCAUUGCAAAAGGACCACUUCAUUCGAUUAUGCAUGCCUAUGAUUUUUCAAAGUUAAUUUCGGAAAAGGGAGAAGAAUUCGAAAACAAUGAAUCCAACGACAAGGAGGAACAAGUGAAAAAAGAUCCGAAAUCCACUGAAAAAGAUGACAAGAAGGGUAAACUUGUAAUUGCUGAAGAUAAGAGCAAUGAAACUAUUAGCUGGGGAGUUUUUCUUUCGUUUGUAAAAGAAUGUGGAAUUAUACUAGUUUUGUUUAGUAUAAUUUCAUGUCUAUUUUCAGUUAGCUCCAAAGCAGGUGGUCAAAUAUGGAUAUCAGUUAUGAAUAAUGAUUAUCUCGGAUUGGAUAUCUUUACUUAUGUUUGGAUUUUCUUUGGAAUUGGUCUAACAGAUGCUUUUUUUGCUUCUCUGAAGGAAUUAGCUUUUGGUCUUGCCUCUCUUAAGGCCUCCAACAGUUUUCACAAAAAGAUGUUGAAUAAUAUUCUUCAUGCCCCAACUAGAUUCUUUGAUCAGAACCCAACAGGAAGAAUUUUGAAUAGAUUCACACAAGACGUAGUGGUAUUGGACACACAAAUGAUCUUUGCAUUGCCACAAUUUAUCACAACAAUUAUUUCAGUUUGCUUUACACUUGUUAUGAUUUCAAUUGUCACUCCACUAUUUCUAAUUGUAGUUAUUCCUAUCGCUCUUGUAUUCUUUGUGGUCCAGGAGUAUUAUAGAGCUACAUCACGUGAAAUUAGAAGAUUGGAAUCCAUUUCUAGAAGUCCAGCAAUGUCACAUUUUAAUUCCUGUUUGGAGGGUGUUAAAACCAUUAAGGCUGCUCUUAUUCAUGAAAGUAUUUACAAGGACAAUUUUAUGAAGAUUGAUUUUACAAACAAACAUUCAUACGGAAGAUUUCUAAUCAAUAGAUGGUUAGGUGUUAGAAUUCAAUUAGUUGCACAAUUAGUUAUUUUUUUUACAGCAUUAUUUGCAAUUAUUACGAAACACUUUCAACAUAAUAACGAAGCUCUUUUAGCACUGGUUAUUACUUACUCCUUACAAUUGAGUGAUACUUUCACAGAGUUUGUUCGUUCAUUUGUUGAUUUGGAAAGUCAUAUGACUAGUGUAGAGCGAAUCAUUCAUUACAGUUCAAAUAUUGAACAAGAGGCCCCUUACGAACUCGAAAGUGAUCCAAUUCCAUCACAAUGGCCUUCUCAAGGGCAUGUUCAAUUCAACUCUCUUUCUGCAAGAUACAGAGAUGAUCUAGACCCAGUUUUGAAUUCCAUUCAACUGGAGAUUAAACCAGGAACAAAAAUUGGAGUUGUUGGAAGAACAGGAAGUGGAAAGAGUACCUUGCUAAUUUCCCUGUUUAGAUUCAUAGAAGCAAGUGAAGGAAAUAUAACAAUUGAUGGAGUGGAUAUUUCACAAAUUGGAUUGAAAACUCUCAGAAAAUCUCUUUUAAUUAUUCCACAAAUCCCUAUUCUAUUCUCUGGUACCAUUCGAUACAAUCUAGAUCCAUUCAAUGAAUUUCAAGACCAUGAAAUUUGGAAAGCCUUAGAGAGAGUUCAUAUGAAAGAGAAAAUUCAACAAAUUGGACUCUCUGGAAAUGUAACAGAGAAUGGCAGCAAUUUCUCAAUUGGAGAAAGACAAUUACUUUCACUUUGUCGAUGCAUUUUGAGAAGAGCUAAAAUAAUCAUAUUUGACGAGUCAACAGCUUUUGUGGAUCACAAUAGUGAUGAGAUUGUGCAAAAAGUCAUUAGAGAAGAGUUUAAGGAAUCGACAAUCAUUACUGUUGCCCACAGAUUGGAUACCAUUAUUGAUUCUGAUAUGGUUGCAUUUAUGCAGGAUGGUGAAAUAAUUGAAAUCGGUUCUCCAAAGGAAUUAUUAUCUCAGCAUGAUAGUAACUUUUCAAAAUUAGUGAAUGAAACAGGUAAAAACUAUUCAGCACAUUUGAAAAAGAAGGCGAAUGAUAACUGA